AAUUAUCAGUCGCACUAUUCCCUAUAUUUCAAAAUAGAGGUAAAGGUCAUGAUUAAAUGUAACCGAGUAUUAACUAAACGCAUUAUGCACAUAAAGUGAGGAACAAAAAAACGGAAAAAAGUACGUCUUUGGUCUGGUCGACCGACGCCGGGCCCCUUACAUCGCCGGGCCCCGGUAAAAUGUACCGGCUGUACCCCCCUCUCGGCGGGCCUGACACUGAGACGACCGCACUAUCACAUAUUAAGAAAUGCGGUAUAAUCUCACAUUUAUAUGAUAAAUUUCGGCAAACAAAUUUUUAUAUAAAUUGGGAUAAGCAGUCGACCUUGUAUAAUAAAUUUUACGCUUGUGAAUUCUGAAAACAGUUUCUCCACACUCAACAAUACAACAACUAUUAACUAACACGCGACGUAGUCUCCAAUUAUUGCGACAAACAAGUCUUACUUAAACAACACUAUUCUUAACAACACUUUAUUGACAAUCGCAAGGCAUUUUGAGAGUAUCGCACAUAAAUAUUUUGGAUUAGCUUCGUGUCUUAUCUUAUUGUAGAGGUAUAUCCCUCAUUGAUGAUAAAGUUAUCGUUAUUAAUAAAAUUCCCGUGAUCUGGUGAAAGUGUUGUGUUUGUUAUAUGUACAUAGUGUAUAGUGGGUCAUCGCGUCGACAUGGAGGAUUUCUUAAAAUACGAAGCCGUGUAUUCGAAAAAGCAAGAAGAAAAUAUCGCAAGUGAAUUUAAAAGAAUCGACAAUAUCUGUUAUCUGGAUCAUGCAGGAGCAGGGCUUUAUUCUGAAAAACAAUUGCAGCUGGUGUUCAAUGACGUAUGCAAUAAUAUUUAUGCCAACCCGCAUUCGCUGCACUUAUCAAGCAAAUUGACAGAGGAUAAUAUCGAUAUUAUUCGGUUUAGAAUUUUGCAGCAUUUCAAUACAACCGAUGAAGAAUACACCUUAAUUUUUACAUCUGGAGCAACCCAAUCAUUAAAAAUAGUCGGCGAAUCUUUCAAUUAUGGCCUAGAAGGGAAAGGAUGCUUUACUUAUCUAGAAAAUAAUCACACAUCAGUUCUUGGUAUGAGAAGUUAUGCCAAAAGUAUAAGAGAAAUAAAAACUGAAGACGCCUUUAGAAUAUUUGCACAAAGUACAACAAAUUCUAAAGUAGAAUGUACGGAAUUUAACAACCUUUUUAUUUACCCCGCUGAAUGCAACUUUUCUGGUACCAAAUAUCCUCUAGAAUGGAUAGAAAAAAUCCAAAAAGGAGCACUUAAUCCUUCAGUGGACUUCAAAAGUAGAAACUGGUAUGUUCUGUUAGAUGCCCCUUGUUUUUUGUCAACAUCUACACUUGACUUAUCCCAGUAUAAACCUGAUUUUGUUACUAUAUCGUUUUACAAAAUUUUUGGAUAUCCAACUGGAUUAGGAGGAUUGUUGGUAAGAAAAUCAAGUGAGAAAGUUUUGCAUAAGAAAUAUUACGGUGGAGGUACUGUGGAGAUGGUACUUAGUGAGCAAAAUGUAUCUGUUCCUAGGAAAAAAUUAAGUGAAAGGUUUGAAGAUGGAACUCUGCCUUUUCUUUCAAUACUUGCUCUAAAAUAUGGAUUUGAUACCAUCAAAAGAUUGAAUCUAUCUUUUGACUUAAUAUCAGAACAUACAUUUUCACUUGCACAAUACGUUUAUAAAAGACUUUUAACUUUACACCAUUCAAAUGGUGCACCAGUGGCUAUUUUAUAUCACGAUACGACUUUUGUUACAUCACAGCAUCAAGGACCGAUUGUGAAUUUCAAUCUAGUUAGGUGCAAUGGCGAACAUGUCGGAUAUUCAGAGGUUUUACAUAUGGCUAAUUUGCAUGGAAUUCAUUUAAGAACCGGCUGCCAUUGUAAUCCUGGUGGUUGUCAAAGAUUUUUAAAUUUAGAAGCAGCUGAUGUCAUACGAAAUUUUAAGGCAGGUCACGUUUGUGGAGAUCAGCGAGAUCUUAUCGAUGGUUACCCUACAGGAACUGUUAGAAUAUCAUUUGGUUACAUGUCCACCAAAAGAGAUGCCGACCAGUUUUUAAAACUUAUUGAAGAUUGUUUUGUAACGCAACCAAUAGUACAAAAAAUACCGUCCAGUUAUAAAUAUCUGAAGGAAACCUAUUUAAACCUCUUUUAUUCCAAAGACUCUAAUAGUAAUGAGUCAGAAAUUCCUGGUAAAGUAUUACCGAAGACCAGUGACAAACAAAUUAAGCAAAUGCCUCAUAGCACUGACAACGCCAAAGCUACUUUAGAUCAAAUUAUACUGUACCCAGUAAAAUCCUGUGGAGCAUUUGUAGUUAAAACAAAUUGGAUCGUAACUAAAAAAGGAUUUAAAUUUGACAGAGAAUGGAUGAUUGUCAACUCAUCGGAUGUUUGUCUCACGCAGAAACAAAAUAAGAAGAUGUGCUUGAUAAGACCGAGUAUAAAUCUAAAAAAGAAUACUUUAAAUUUAAAUUAUAACGAUAAAUCAAGUAUCGAAAUUGAUAUCGACGAAGCGAAGAAUAAAGAACAAACAUAUUUAUGUCAAAGUAAAGUUUGUGGAGACCGUGUAGUGGGAUGGGACUGUGGAGAUGACGUAUCUGAUUGGCUAUCAGAGAAUCUUGGAGUAUCUGGAUUAAGAUUGUUGAGACAGUAUGAACCAAAAGAAGAAGGUUCUCGUCAUCAACUCUCCUUUGCAAACCAGGCUCAGUAUUUGUUAACAAAUUCAAAAAGUGUAGAAUGGUUACGCAAUCAGGUUCCUGAAGGAGAACUAACGGAAAAUCUUGACGCCACCAUUUUAAGAUUUAGGCCGAAUAUAGUAGUAAGCCUGAGCAAGCCUUUUGAAGAAAAUGAAGUAGAGGAAAUUGUAAUAAACAAGGUACCUUUUAAGUUUGCAGGUAAAUGCACGAGAUGCCAAAUGAUCUGUAUUGACCAAUGUACUGGAGGCAUUUCGAAAGAGCCGCUUCUUACCUUAUCCAAAACGUUUAAGGGAAAAAUUAAUUUUGGAAUUUAUCUGAACAAAGAUGACGUCAAUGACGAUGAAAGCAACAUCAGCGUUGGCAACGAAGUAUUUAUAAAGAAGGCAUAGAAUUAAUUUAUUUAUUAGAAUUAUAGAACUACAGUUUUUUACGAUAAGAAUGAAAUGACGUCACACAGUGCUCAGGUGCGUCGUUGUCAAACUAUCUUUUUAUUUCCCAUAUUCUUCUUAAACACACAUAACCUAACUUUUCGUUUUUUUUUUCUUUAAAAAACAAUUUUCUGGGCAUAACUUCCUAAUAGUCGAGGCAUUGAAGCACAAAAAAGACUUUACUGUCGAUUUUUGGCGCAGUAAGACGGAUUUUAAUGCAGUUUGGUGCGUUGGAUUCGUGAGAAUGUCAGGAAAUUUUGUGAACUAAUGUAAUGAAUAAAAAAUCUCAAAUUGCAUUUGUGCAUAAGAAAAAUGCAUUUCGGUAAAUAGUGGGAAAAAUUGACUCAAUUUUCUUACUCGGGGUUUUUUGGGUCGCUGAAAACGAAUAUGAGGUCGGCGAGAGUGUGCAAACUACCUGGUGCCUGCAGCGCGUGUAAUAAACGUCUUCUUCUGGAGUAUUGUGGUAAUUUAUCAUAUAAUUGGCUUAAACUCAUUACUAGGGCGUUUUUGGGGUCGCUGAAAAUGAAUAUGAGGUCGGUGAGAGUGUGCAAACUACCUGGUGCCUGCCGCGGGUGUAAUAAACGUCUUCUAGAGUAUUGUGGUAAUUUAUCAUAUAAUUGGCUUAAACUCAUUACUAGUGGGUUUUUGGGGUCGCUGAAAAUGAAUAUGAGGUCGGCGAGAGUGUGCAAACUACCUGGUGCCUGCAGCAGGUGUAAUAAAUGUCUUCUUCUGGACUAUUAUGGUAAUUUGUUAAAUAAUUGGCCCAAGCUUUUUACUCUGGGCUCUUUGGGGUCUUAUGUACUUAAUGGCUAUUGCCAGAAAUAAAAAGAUUGUCAUUAGAAAAAUUCUUUCAUCUGUUAAUGCAUUUACCUAGCAUUUAAAAAGGAUAUAUUUACAAACACAAAUUUAGCUGCAUGGGGACCAUUAAAGUAUUACGUAACGCAGGUUGGGGGGAGGGGGGUUAAAAAUCUUCAAAAAUUACGUUACGUAAUACGUAAACACCCCAUUAAGACGCGUUACGUAGGGGAGGAGGGGGGGUCAAAAAUCUUCAAAACCCGCGUUACGUAAUACUUGAACGCUCCUAUGGAGAGGACAGUAACAUGAACCCAACCGAUUGGGGAUGGAAAUUACAAAAUAAUGUAUUAAUUCCAGUUAGAAUGACUCAGCCACCUGGUCCUCCAAACAUUUUAAAUUUAAUAUUCUCUAGUUGUAAGUCAGACUGCGGCAACUCAUACGGGUGCAGGAAGCAUGGGUUAGUUUGUAAUUUAUCCUGCAAAAAUUGUGUAGGCUCUGAUUGCACAAAUAUUGCAUUGGGCUCGAGAGAGGAAGGCAAUAAUGAAGAAGAAGAUGAUAAUGAUGAAGAAAAUGAAUUUUAAAGGAUAAAUUACGAUAAAUUUUGUAUAAUGAACUUUUUUAACCAUAAAUAUAUUAUAAUAAUAAAAAUUUAUGUUUAUUUAUAAUAAAAAUACCACCCUUUUCGAUCACUAUAAUUACAUCGAAGAAAAUAGAUUACCCCAAAAACCCCCGAGUAACAAGUUGAAACUAAUUAUAUGAUAAAUUACCAUAAUACUUCAGAGGAAGACGUUUAUUAUACCCGGUGCAGGCACCAGGUACUUUGCACACUCUCGUCGACCUCAUAUUCAUUUUCAGCGACCCCAAAAACCCCCGAGUUACAAGUUUGGGCCAAUUAUCUAACAAAUUACCAUAAUACUCCAGAGGAAGACGUUUAUUACACCCGCUGCAGGCACCAGGUAGUUUGCACACUCUCGCCGACCUCAUAUUCGUUUUCAGCGACCCCAAAAACCCCCGAGUAAGAAAAUUGAGUCAAUUUUCCCACUAUUUACCGAAAUGCAUUUUUCUUAUGCACAAAUGCAAUUUGAGAUUUCUUAUUUAUUACAUUAGUUCACAAAAUUUCCUGACAUUCUCACGAAUCCAACGCAGCAAUCCGCAUUAAAAUCCGUCUUACUGCAAAAAAAUCGACACUUCAAUCCUUCAAUGCCUCGACUAUAAAGCAAAGCUGUAUAAUAGUCCAGGGCGCAUCUGUUUUGAGAUGGACGUUGAGAGGUGACUCAUAUUUUUUUGCAGAAAUUUCUUGGAAUUAACUCCUAUAAUAAUAAUUGAGUUAUCCUCCCACUCAAAAAUGUCCGGAACAUUGUUUAAAUAAUCAAAAUGUCAAAAAAUGAAGGAAAAAUUCGAUUAUUUUCUUCGUUUUUUGAUAAUAACUUUCAAAAUAUUCACAUCCGAGAAAAGUUGUACUUAUAUAAAAGUUGCAUAAUUAAAUUUCCUACAAUAUAGGAUUGGUUACAAAUUUUAAAAAUUGUCACCCUUGUUGUAAAAUAGCAAUAAUUGCGAAAAACCAUAAAAAACAACUAUUUGCAUUUUACGUUUUUCAGCCAUUUGUGCUACACUUAGGACCUUCAUAUUUUACCCAGAAAAACUUUAUGAUAUAAUACAACAACAACAACAACAAUACUGUAGAUUUCAUUAAGAUCGGUUUAAGAGAUUUUGCAAAAUAAAUUUUGCAAUCCCGCUUUCGCAAAUAAAAUUUAUUUUUUCAAAAUGUUGCAGGACUGAAAAUAAAGCAGAUAUCAAGUUGAUUUUUUUUACAUAUAGAAGAAUACUGUACCUUUCAUUUGCAAUUUUUAAAAUUAAAAUCCGUUGACAGCCACGGUGUCAGGAAUUUUUUUUAAUAAACAUUAAUUUUUGGUGCUACGCGCAGGACAGCGAUGUUCGAUUCACACAAGUUGAUUUCCACCAAAAUUUCUUCCAAUCUUUAUCCAAUAUAUUAUUUUCUUACUCUAUAUUUUGUUGUAUUUUAAUAUUUUAAUUCCACAAAAAUCAAACUAAUUCGAUUAUUGUUUGUGAAAUAUUGUUUAGUUUAAACAAUAAUUGCAUAUGUUUAAAAAUAAUAAACUUUUAUUCUAUAACUUAAAAUAUAUGAACAAAGAAAGUGUUUGCCAAAAAAGUGUUAUUUCAAACGACAGAGUAUGUGAUUUUAUUUUGCAAUAAACAAAUUUAUUUAUUUAUAUCGAAAUGUACUAAAAAUGAAAAUUUAUCAAUAAUUAUCAAAGCUCAUUGGAAUACCCAAGCGGUGCAAACUAUCCGCUGCCCUGAGCGUAGCACCAAAAAAUAAUGUUUAUUUAAAAAAUUCCUGACGCCGUAGUGGCCAACCGAUUUUAAUUUUGCAAAUUGCAAAUGAAAGGUAUUCUUCUAUAUGUAAAAAAAUUCAACUUGCUGUCUGCUUUAUUUUCAGUCCUGCAACAUUUUGAAAAAAUUAAUUUUUUUUUUUUUUUUGUAAGCUGGAUUGCAAAAUUUAUUUUGCAAAAUCUAUUGAACCAAUCUUAAUGAAAUUGACAGUAUUGAUUUAUCAUAAAGUUUUUCUGCGUAAAAUAUGAAGGUCCUAAGUGUAGCAUAAAUGGUUGAAAAACGUAAAAUGCGAAUACUUGUAUUUUUAUCGUUUUUUCGCAAUUAUCGCUAUUUUGCAACAAGGGUGACAAUUUUUAAAAAUUUUAACGAAUCCUAUAUUGUAGGAAAUUUAAUUAAGUAUGCAACUUUUAUGUCAGUACAACUUUUCUCGGAAAUGAAUACUUUUAAAGUUAUAAUCAAAAAACGAAGAAAAAAAUUGAAUUUUUUCUUAAUUUUUUGACAUUUUGAUUAUUUAAGCAAUGUUCCGGAUCUUUUUGAGUGGGAGGGUAACUCAAAUAUUAUUAUAUGAGUUAUUUUCAAGCAAUAUCUGCAAAAAAAUAUAAGUCACCUUUCAACGUCCAAAUUAAUGUACUAAUAUUUUUACAGAUGCGCCCUGGUCUAGUAGGCAUUUUGAAAAUUUAUAAAGGUUUAUUACUUUAAUUAGUUUUUAAACGAACUUUUUUAAUUUAAUAUGUCUGUUAAAGAUUAUAUCAGAAUCUAUGCAUAUGGAGUUCGCUAUAUGGUUUGACAUUUAAAAGUUACCUACUAUUAGAAUGACAUCAUUUUAUUCGUAUCGCAAAAAACUGUAUUUUGUUUGUUAAUAAAGUUGAAUAUAUGUAUAUAGUUUUCAAUAUAAUUUUGAUAAUACUCAGUUCAAA